CUCUUCCGUUGCGCAUCCUGCAAUAGCGACUCAGGAUUAGACCAUCUUUGCACUUGGGAGCAAGUUCUGUGUCAUUUGAUAAAAGUUGUAGACGAAAAAGCAUUUUGCCUAUAAAACUACACCAUGGAGAACGCCGCCGACCAGCCCAAGGAGCCCUCCAAGAGCGCCUUGAAGAAGGCCGAGAAGCAGGCCAAGAUGGCCGCCGACAAAGCUGCCAAGGCCGCCAAGCAGGCAGCCCUUCCCAUUGUGGGCGGAAAGAAGACCGACGAUAUCAUUGGUAUCACCGUCACCAAGGCAGAGAACUUCCCAGCAUGGUAUCAAGAGGUUGUCCUCAAGGGCGAGAUGGUCGAGUACUACCAAGAAAUCUCUGGCUUCUUUGUCCUGCGUCCUCUGUCAAUGCAUAUAUGGAAUGUCAUCCGAAAAUGGUUCCAGGAGCGCAUCGAGCUUAUGGGUGUUGAGGAGACCAGCUUCCCCAUGUUCCUGUCCUCCAAGUCACUGGAGAAGGAGAAGGAUCACGUCGAGGGCUUUGCCCCCGAAUUGGCUUGGGUUACGAAAGCCGGUGACAAGGACCUCGAAGUUCCUGUCGCAAUUCGUCCUACCUCCGAAGCCGUCAUGUACCCUUACUAUUCCAAGUGGAUUCGUAGCCACCGAGAUCUCCCUCUUCGAUUGAACCAGUGGAACUCUGUUGUCCGGUGGGAGGCUAAGCAGACCACCCCUUUCCUUCGAACAAGAGAAUUUCUCUGGCAGGAGGGCCACACUGCUCACCUGACCGAGGAGCUUGCUGGAAAGGAAGUUUUGGAGAUUCUGGAGCUAUAUGCUGGCGUCUACGAGCAGCUUCUGGCUGUCCCCGUUGUCCGAGGACGCAAGACAGAGAAUGAAAAGUUCGCCGGUGGUUACUACACCACUACCGUCGAGGGCUACAUUCCUUCCAACGGACGCGGUAUCCAGGGUGCCACCUCUCACUGCCUUGGUCAGAACUUCAGCAAGAUGUUCGACAUUACCGUUGAAGACCCUGCCAACAAGGGCUCGCACAUCCACGUCUGGCAAAACUCUUGGGGUCUGUCUACCCGUGUCAUUGGUGUCAUGAUCAUGGUACACGGUGAUGACAAGGGCCUUGUCCUCCCUCCCCGAAUUGCCAAGACCCAAGUGGUCAUGAUCCCCGUCGGCAUCAAUAAGAGCACAACUCCUGAGGAUCGCAAGAAGCACGAGGAGCAACUUGAUAGCAUCAGGGAUACCCUCAGGAAAGCUGGUGUCCGAUCUGAGUCUGACUGGAGAGAGGGCUACACCCCUGCUUGGAAGUUCAACGACUGGGAGCUGAGGGGCGUUCCCCUCCGAAUUGAGUUUGGACCCAAGGACGCCGCCAAGGAAGUUGUCAGCUGGGCCAGACGAGACACUGGCGAGAAGGGUACUAUCCCUAUUGCCGAGGUGGCCACCAAGGUUCCUGAGCUUCUGGAGACUAUCCAGCAGGACAUGUACAACAAGGCCGAGCAGUCCUUCCGAGAGCACCGCCUGCAGAUCACCAAGUGGGAAGACGUUCUCCCCUCCCUGGACAAGAAGAAUGUCGUUCUGAUCCCCUUUUGUGGCGACGGCAAGUGUGAGGAUCGUCUCAAGGAGCUUACUACCCGCGAAGAUACCCAGCCCGAUGUCCCUGAGAGUCAGAAGCUUCCCUCCAUGGGCAUGAAGAGUUUGUGUAUUCCCUUUGAGCAGCCUGAGGGCGUUGUUGCCGGCGAGACUGAAUGUCUUAACCCCGAGUGCCAGCGCAAGGCACAGUUCUGGACCAUGUUUGGCAGAAGCUACUAAAUGAUGAAGAAUAAGAAGGUGCAUAGAAGGAGUUUUUCGUAUUACAAAAAAGAAAUGGCAUGUAUACCACGCCUGUGGUAUGACAUACGGAAUGAUGCUUCACAUGGGAAUGCAGAGGGAUAAAUUUAUCAAUGACUUUAAUGACUUUUUACUUUUUGGUUUCAGCUUCUAUCUAUGUGAUUGUGUACAUGUAUAUACUGUCUAUUGCACUGCAUCGUAUCUACUGCGUGGCGAUGGAAGCCUAGCACCACUCAAAUCGCUCGUUGACAACCCAGUCUAGGUCUUCCGCAUUCCCUUCGCCGAACCAAUUCAAGCUCGCCAAGUUCUUGGCAUCUCUCACGACAAAGAUGCUUUCAAACUCGGUUGCAUUCUCGACAAUCUUUCUAACCCUGACAAGAGGGUUCCAGAUCUCAACCUUUGAGCACUCCCAGUCCUUGGCCUCUUUUUCAGCAGCGCGGAAGAUUCCCACAACGG